UGCAGGUCAGGAGCUUGGGUCUCUUGCUUUUUUUUCGUAAAAUUCUGUGAAAAUUCUACCGAAAUCAAGAUAAAUUUGUGUCAAUCAUGGAGACUAGAUCCAAAGCGAGAAAUCAACAUAAAUCGUUGAUCGAGAAACUUCCGGUUGAGAUGCUGUUGGAAAUUUUUGAGUAUUUGGACUCGUGGAGCAUUCGUCGUUGUUCAGAAGUUUGCAUCACAUUUUUUCAUCUGACUUUGCGUCCAGAAUUUAAAGAUUUCUUUGAGUUGACGAUGUCAGACGACUAUUUGGCUCCGAAUUGUGGAAUCGGAAAGAUAUUUGCUUCCGGCAAACGAACAAAAAGAACUUUUGAUCAUCUCACGUUAAAGUCCGUGACUUUCGAGACACUUGUGUUUGCCAUGAUUUUUUUCACGCAACUUGGACCAGAGGUUCGAAAAGUAUAUAUUGAUGCUAGUUUUUUCCGUCCAAUCAUUUACAAAACCGGCACAUAUAUGACUGAACGAGUCUUUCGAGGAAACAUUUUGAUAAAUUUUCCUAAUUUGGAAGAGUUAAGAGUAGACGCCGCCCAAACUCUUGAUAAAAUCAUUUUUUUCCCACCGUCAUUAAAAAUAAUUUCAGUUGACUUGGCUAAAUUUGGUGGAAACGUAAAGGAUUAUAAGAAAUUUUUAACCGAUAACAUGGGAUUGGCUCGACUAGAGAAAUUAAACUUCAUUAAAAUGAUGAAAAUGCAUAACUUUGAUCAAAAUAACAUAAUAAUUUACCAACAUUCGAAAAUAUCAGAGGCAGUUGCAAGUAUUAUUCAAGAAAUCGGUCAAUACUGGAAAAUUCGAAUAAAUUGCAAUCUUCUUGAGCAUUCAGUUAUCGAGCCAAACUGCAUCACUGGACUAUAUACUGAAAAUCUCACACAAAUUUCGUACAACUCGUUGCUAAAGUUUCCCAAUCUGAAGGAUCUUUCACUAGAUUUGGAUACUUCCGUUCACUGUUUUGGCAGCCAUCAAUUAAAUUCAGAUCUGUCACAUGUUGAAAGCUUGUGGAUUGCUCCUGGACGUGGAACAAAAUGUGAAUCUUGUAUUUUGCAAAUGAUUUCGUCAUUCUCAGGACUAACUAAGCUAACUUACCAUGGAAAUUUGACAGAACAUCAAAUUCGGUUGAUUUUCGAUCAACUUCAAAAUCUGGAAUACUUGGAGCUAGUUGGGAGAAUUCCAAAAAAUAUUUUGGACUCUUCAAAAUUUACGCCGAAUUCCAUUGAACAAUUAAAAAAUCUGCAAGCUUUGUUCAUCGUUCACGUUUCGUCAACAUUGGAAACGGGCAUUUCCAACGAUUGUCUUCUAAAGUUCGCGUCCUUGCCGAAUCUCAAAGUUUUACAUAAUUUAUUUUCACCCCAAAGUGACGCCUUUUUCACGCCAAAUACCACAACAGGGUCAAGCACAACUCCCGUUACGCCCGUUUAUCGGUCGUUUAUUGAUGAUCUCCCGCCCGAGGAUGACUAUACGGUUCCCGCUACGUUCGACGACUUCGAUUACAACCAAGAGGACAACGAAAAUUUCGAAGAAAGUAACGCUAAAACGGCCACAGAUCCGUUUUUGUUUAACGACGAGCCGCCAGAACUCACGGAAAAUGUAAAAAUCGACGAAGAUAAGGUCGACAAUUCGAAAGAAAUUAAAUCGGAAAGCUUCAAAAAUAAAUUUAAAAUGUUUGAACCAGCAAAAGUGGAUGCCGCAACAGAAGUUCCGAAGGAAAAGAAGGAAAUUUCAAAGCCAGCACCGAAAAAGUUGAAUGUAAAUUUGAAUAUUAACGUUUCUGCGUUGCUUCCAGGUGCUAAAAGACCUUCUCCAAAGAAGCCAGAAGAAGAAGAUGACGUCAAAAUUGAAGAAAAACCUCAAAAAACGCCAGAUCCAGUCCCGAAUAUUUCAAAACCAGCAGAAUCUGAGCCAGUUGUCGCUACUCCAGCAAGGUACAUCACAACUGAGGCACAGGAAUCGUCAAAUUUGUUAGUAAGUUUGAACAAAAAUCGUGUAAAAGCGCCAAAUACUCGAAAACCGUCGACGAGAAAGGCGCGCGUUCAAAGUUAUCAUGAAUCGACAGUGAAAGGCGAGUCAAUUAACGUUCUAGCGACCAAUACGGAAGUCAAGGGCAAGGAACCUCCGUUGUCUGUGGCGGAAAUGCUUCGAACGGAAAAGCUUAAGGAUCAACUUUCAAGACGUUCGUUGAAUUUCGAUGAAGUUGACGAGUUUAAAGUGCCUUUGAAGAAAGAUCUGAAACCGGAAGUGGCGGAAGUUGUACCAAAGCCUGAAAUUUUGACGACUUCUGAGCAAAAAGCCAUCGAAAAAGAAGUUUCAAAGCCAGUUGAGGCAACAAAAGUUGAAAAAUCGGUUAAAACAGCAGCAGCUGAGCCUAAAAAAGUUCAAAAAGAGACUCAACCAAAGUCAAAAGUAUCAGAAAAAGUCGUUCAAGAUGAUCCUUUGAAGAUCGUAGAACCCAAAACAGUUGAAAAAGUAGAGAAAAUCGUCGAAAAGAAGCCUCCUGUUAAUGUCGUUGCCCCACAAACUGUUGAAAAGUCUGUCAAAAUCGAUCAAAAACUCCCAGAAAAAGUUGUUGAACCAGUAAAAGCUCCAAAACUAGAGAAAUCCAGUCCAAAUCGGAAGCCUUUGCUAUUUGACGACGACGAUGAUGACGAAGACGACCCAUUUUCCAUCGUAUCUCGUCCCAAAACUAAAGUUGCUGAGCCUCCAAAGCCCGUGGAACCAGCAGUUAAGCCCAAAGAGAAGUCCAAAUCUUCUGUUUUUGCCAGUGACAGCGAUGACGACGACCUCUUUUCCACAAUAAAACCAAAAUCUGCACCAAAAAAAGAAGAAAAACCUCCAACUGAGCCCAAAAAGGAGCAAAAAACAACAAAAUUACCAAAAUUGUUCGACGAUUCUGAUGACGAGGACGAUCUCUUUUCUGGCAAGACAUCAAAAAAGAAGGAAAUUGUCACAAGCACCGCAACAAAAAGCUCAAACAUAUCAAAGCCCGAUCCGAAACCCGUUCAAUCCAAAAGCAUUUUUGGCAGUGACGAUGACGGAGAUGAUCUUUUUAGUAAAGUGAGUGUCCCCAAAAAGAAAUCUUCAGUCACAAAGCCCAGUGACAGUCUCUUUGGAGACGAUUCUGAUGAUGAUUCCUUGUUUGGAGCUGCUUCAAGUAAAGGCAAAUCUAAAUCAUCGAAUAAGGUCGAAUCGGGAACAAAAACUGGUGCGGUGAAGAAAACCACGUCGGUUGUUCAAAAUGAUCCGUUAGCGGACCUCUUGAAGUGAAUCUAAAUAUAUUUAUAUACUCAAUGCUUAUUUAAAAAAUGAAUUAAGUGUCAUGCUACACCUCUAAAAAGGCUUUAAAAGCACAUUCCAUUCGAAAUUUUAUUAUAUUUUGCCAUUUUCGGAGUAUUUGAAGCUGAAAUUGUUGUUAUAUUAUGUAAAAUGUAUAAUAAAAAAGUUGAAAUCCGUUAUAUGAUGUUUUUGAAAUACGGGCCUAAAAUUUUUUGUUCUUCAUAGGAGUGAAUUUUCUUUUCAAAAAGUCAAACUUCAGAAUUUUUUUUAACAAAAUUUAAAUUUUUUGAAAAAUUUUUAGACAAAAAAUAAUGAAAUUUGAAGAGUUUCCAAAUUUUUUCUGCUAAAAUAUUU